GGUGUGCUUGAAUGAGACAGGCGUAUUUUUGCUGUACAUUUUCUGCGAGGUUGUGGAACACAUUGACGGACCAAUGGGCCACAGCGCAUCGGUGCACAAAUCUUGGAAGGGAGAUCCUCCGGCGAAAACAACCGUUUUUAAACAGGGUGAACCAGUGGGAAUAACAUACAGAAUCCCAGCUCUUAUUUACAUCAAGGAAAAACAGACGUUUCUGGCCUUUGCAGAGAAACGCACUUCCUUUUCUGAUCAUGAUGCAGAGCUUCUUGUUAUGAAAAGAGGUACAUUGGAGGGCACAAUUAUUGAGUGGUCACCGUCGAUUCAGGAGCUACAGAAAGCAUGUCUGCCAAAGCACCGGACCAUGAACCCUUGUCCUGUCUUUGAGAAGAACACUCAGACUCUGUUUCUGUUUUUCAUCUGUGUCUUGGGGAAAACUACAGAGCACCAUCAGAUAUAUACGGGCAAGAACAGAGCUCGCCUCUGUUAUGUCACUAGCUCUGAUUAUGGCCAGAGUUGGAGUGAGGUGAAAGACUUGACAGAGAGCGUGAUAGGACAGAGCAUUCGGAAAUGGGCAACCUUCGCAGUAGGACCAGGGCAUGGCAUUCAAAUGAAGAGCGGAAGGCUUAUCAUUCCAGCAUACGUGUUUUACAUUCACCACAGAUGUUUCUGUUAUCCCUUGGCAUGCUCAGUCAAGCCUCAUGCAUUAGCCUUCUACAGUGAUGACUGUGGGAAGACCUGGCAGGUAGGAACAAGGAUGCAGAUGAAGUCAUGUGAGUGUGAAAUGGCUGAAGUUACAGACCACGAAGGUAAAAGUUAUUUGUAUUGCAACGCUCGUAAUGCUUCUCACAGCCAUGGCCGCAGAAUAGAGGCUAUAAGCGAAGAUAACGGAGCAGACUUUGCCCCGGCUCACCUUGCACAAGAGCUAGUGGAGCAGCCCCAUGGGUGUCAAGGUAGUGUAGUUGCCUUUAAAGUGCCAAAACACAUGUCGGAGGUGAGCGAAGACGCAACAUGGCUGCUGUACACUCACCCGACUGAUAAGAGGAAAAGACUGGAUCUUGGUGUGUUCUUGAACCGCUCUCCGCUGCAUGCGUCUCGGUGGGAGGCCCUCUGGAAGCUUCACCAGGGCCCGAGUGGCUACUCAGAUCUGACCUACUGCGAGGACAAAGAUGUGUUUGUCUGUCUCAUGGAAUGUGGCGAGAAGAGUGAACUUGAGGAGAUUGCUUCUGUGCAGUUUGAUCUCAGAAAUAUAUUGGAUGCAUGAAAAUAUCAUAUUUUAAACUGAUAUUUAGUCAUCCCUUUAAGAAUGACUGAGGUUGAAAAACAAUCACCCUUAAAUAUGUUGUUGAUGUUAUAUUCACACAGAUUUCAGGUAAUUAACUAUGAAGUAAUGUUAAACAUUCACUUUUUUUAAGGUCAAAUCCAUGUUAUGUGUACUGUUAACUUACACAUUUUUAUCGUUCACACACAUUCAUUGAAGAUGAAACGUAAAUAUUUACGUAUUUAUUUGGAAACACACUUCUCUUGCAUUCCUGCACAUUGCAUGGUAGCCCACAAGUCUGAAGGGGUGGUUUGCUGCUCAUUCACUUAUGAAAGAAUUUGAUUAGACAAAUCAUUAACAUAUUGUCCAAAUGUUGAAUAACACUGCUUUUGAAUGUCACUGCUGUCUUGAUGAACUGUAAAUAAAGAAUAAUAAAUGUGAA